AAAAGAGAUAAAAAUGCUCUUACUGGGGAGCAGCACACUGACGUGUAUACUUUACUACAUCCUGCAGUCGGAGUUUGGGUGGUUUUCUUUUCUCCUCGGUCACUUAAGCGAGAACACCGACUAACUGUGACCUCUAGCGGCCGCACGCCGCGCCGUAGGAGGGAAGCUGCUGAAGCCCUUCUGGGGGGGGGGGGCACCGUGGGCAUUUAUCCCAACCUCUGUCCAAGUGUUUUAUAGACAGAGGCCAAACAGCGAUAAAAUAAUAGUGCUUAAUCGCAUUCUCCUUUAAAACAAGCGGCUCUACGGAAUCACACGGCCAUCCACGUCUUGUAAGGCAUCCUGCGAACCUCAGCUGGGGGAGUAACAUGGCAGCAGCAGCAAAGGCUGCCAAGAGAAAUCCCUGAAUCUGGAGCAGGAAAAGAGCGGGGGUGGCGGAGCACUGCCCUAACCUGGGUGUCCUGUUACAGGCGGAGCCCCUGGGCCACAAAACCUCUGGGAUCAGUGGGGAGAAGAGGCACUCACCUGCCCUCUGUCCUGGCAGCACGCCGGCACCUGGAGGCAUCGCCCCGAGGGGGAGAGCUCCGGGAGAUGCUCCAGGUGGUGGCGAGCAUAAAAAAAGGCUCAGCCCUGAAAGCCGGACUGUUAGGGUACCAGAGAGGGAGAGAGGCGAGAGUGGUGGAAGAGAGGAGCUCCCUGUGCGUGCUGCAGACCCCUGAAAUCCAAGCUCUGGAGGGCGGCCCGGAUAGUGCCAGCUGGUGCCCGAUGUAAGCCGCGGCGGGGCGUCGGAAAGCCGGCGGGGGGCUGGAGCGGGGCAGGGGGUGCCUGCUGCGCCUUUCAACUCUGCCCGCACGGCAAGGGAGGAGGAGGAGGAGGAGGAGCGCCGCCUCCUCUUCCUCUCCCUCUUCCUCCUCCUCCUCCAGAUGUGCGCGGGGCCGCGGGACGCGCUCCCGGCGGCAGCCCCGCUGCCCCGGCUGGGGUCAGUCCUCCGCGGGAGGCGGCAGCGCCGCUCCGCAUCCCCCUGCCCGGGCACCGCCGGCGGCCAACUUCGCCGGGGAGACCCGCCGGGGGGAGAGCCGCCUCCAUCCCUCCCUCCCUCCCCGGUGCCGGCGGCGCCUCUCCCGCCCCCCCGGCUCUCCUCCCUCCAUCCCUCCAUCCCUCCCUCCUUCCCUCCAUCCCUCCCUCGUUCCCUCCCCGCCCGCCCCGUCGCCGAGCGGGAGCCGCCAGCGGUGCGAGCGGAGCCGGAGCCGGGGCAGCCGCUGCCGCCCCCCGCCUCUCCCGGCCCGGCCCCUGCCCCUCUUCCUCCUCCUCCUCUUCCUCCUCCUCCUCCGUCCCGCCCAAGCCAUGAACUUUGGCCGCGGCCCCCCGGUGGUGUUGAACGUCGGGGGCACCCGGUACUCCUUCUCCCGGGAGGUGCUGAAGGAUUUCCCGCUGCGGCGGGUGAGCCGCCUGCACGGCUGCCUGUCGGAGCAGGACGUGCUGGAGGUGUGCGACGACUACGACCGGGAGCGGAACGAGUAUUUCUUCGACCGGCACUCGGAGGCUUUCGGCUUCAUCAUGCUCUACGUGCGGCACGGCCACCUGCGCUUCGUGCCGCACAUGUGCGAGCUCUCCUUCUACAACGAGCUGCUCUACUGGGGGCUGGAGGGCUCCCACCUCGACUACUGCUGCCAGCGCCGCCUCGACGACCGCCUGGCCGAGUCGCGGCCCUAUUACUGCCCCGAGGAGCCGGCGGGGGACGCGGGCGGCGACCCCCGGGCCAAGGGGCGGCGGGCGGCGGGGGGCGAGGGCGGCAAGUGGCUGGAGAGGAUGCGGAGGACUUUCGAGGAGCCCACGUCUUCCCUGGCCGCCCAGGUCCUGGCCACCGUCUCCAUCCUCUUCGUCAUCGUGUCCAUGGUGGUGCUGUGCGCCAGCACCCUGCCCGAGUGGCGGGCGCCGGAGAACCGCAGCGUGGAGGAGCAGAGCAGGUACACAGCAGAGUCAGUGAGGGAGCCCUCAGGGAUAAUUGAAGCUAUCUGCAUAGGCUGGUUCACUGCAGAGUGCAUUGUGAGGUUCAUCGUUUCAAAAAACAAGUGUGAGUUUGUCAGAAGACCUCUCAACAUCAUUGAUUUACUGGCAAUUACUCCUUACUACAUCUCUGUUCUAAUGACAGUUUUCACAGGGGAAAACUCGCAGCUUCAGAGGGCUGGAGUCACCUUGAGGGUCUUAAGAAUGAUGAGGAUUUUUUGGGUGAUUAAACUGGCUCGUCAUUUCAUUGGCCUUCAAACACUUGGUUUGACUCUGAAGCGUUGUUACAGAGAGAUGGUGAUGCUCCUUGUCUUUAUCUGUGUUGCUAUGGCAAUUUUCAGUGCACUUUCCCAGCUUCUUGAAAAUGGGCUGGACUUGGGAACAAAGAAUAAGGAUUAUGCCAGCAUCCCUGCUGCUUGUUGGUGGGUGAUCAUCUCUAUGACCACGGUUGGUUAUGGUGACAUGUGUCCCAUCACUGUACCAGGAAGGAUUCUCGGAGGAAUUUGCGUGGUUAGUGGCAUCGUUUUACUAGCCUUGCCAAUCACCUUCAUUUAUCAUAGCUUCGUGCAGUGUUACCAUGAGCUCAAGUUCCGGUCUGCUCGGUACAGUAGAAGCCUCUCAGCUGAGUUCUUAAAUUGACCAAACUUGAGUUCCGUUGUGGUUACUUGCUAAGCUUUGCCUUAGGAGAAGAUGGCGGAAAGUCUCUUCAUGUGUCCUCCUUGACUGGAUGGUCCUAUGGAACAACAUUCUCGCCAGCCUGGAGAAAGCCCAUCACCAUUCAGACAGGAAGGAUAACCACCUGCCUUGGGCACCUUGCAAGGAGAGAGAGUGAUGUUUCAAAUUUGAGAGAACAACACAAGAGGAUUCAGAAGUCCUCCACCAGACCAGUUUGGUCUUCAGUUUGCCUUUCCACAUAAAAGCAGAACAAAAAAUAUGUUUAACAUUGAGAUUCGUCAUUCCCAUAAUUACAUCCUAUAUCAUUCAAAGCAAUGUGUAGCAGAAGAUUUUCAAAGAUUACAAAAUCUAAAUGCUCUGUAGAGGCAUCAUAGUUUCUUGCCUGAAGUAUCUCCACUUCUAACCCAGAUAACCAAACUAGAUACUUGAAGGAGAAUUGCUGCUACUUUUGAGCUUCACAACACAGUACAGCUGGUUCUGUGACUUAGAAAAGAUGAAGAAUAUAGGCCAGUAGGGAAAAAAAUCUUGAGGUCUGAUUCUGAUCUUUGAUGAAACACACAAAUUUUCCAUAAAAAAACAGUGGAGUCAGUGUCUUUGCUCUGAAUUUAUAAUGGAAUAACUAAAGAGUACAUAUACCUUUGAACGUUGUAGCAAGGACUUCCUUAACCACAGUUACUUUCUUCUCUGGAACCAAAUCUUUAAUAGAAGCGUGAUACUUUAUAAAGGUCAGCAUAAAAAUUCGGGCAUCGAUAAAUAUAUUUUCUGGUAGCUUACUGGGGGAGCUAUCCAAAUUUUACAUACACUCGGUUCAACUCCAUCCACCUGAAGUUAUAUAUUCAUAAACAUACUUUUUGCCCAUUUAAACGAACAUAUAUAUCAUAGUGAAAGUCUUCUAAGACCAAUUAUAAGAUUCCAUCACUUGAAACAGUCUGGAGAAAGCACUGGAAAACAAGAGUAGCUGCUCCCUGUCAGAUGAGACUCAUCAUCAUCUUGAAAUUCAGCAAUCCUUACAGAAGCAUACAUUUUACUUUCAUAGAAGUUUUAAAAACAACUGUAAAAAGCCCAAAAGAGAUCAAAGAAAGUAAAAUAUAGAAGUGUAAGUUGCGCUUGGCAAAAGGGUAUAUUCUCCAAUGUAACUAGAAAAUUAAAAUGAAUCAAGUUAGGUUCUGAAAUAUUGUUCACUACAUUUCUUGUGUAGUACUGCUAAAUAGCCUUGUUCAGUAUAAUUCUGAAAAGCUGCUAUGUAGAACUGUGCAGUUGGAUACUAAAACAUAUUUAGGUACAGCUUUACAAAUUUGGGUACCAAUAAACAUCAUUAUUAACCUGGAAGUUCAGAGUCAUCGGCAUAGUUGAAUUUGAUGUGCUUGCCUGAAAAUAAUGCGUUUACUAUUACUGUGCUGUAAAAGCAUCUUUUAUAUAUGUAUUUGUUAACAGCUCUAGAAAUAAAAUGAGUACCACCUAGAAAACACAUCUCUGGAACUGCUCACUCAAAUAGAAAUGCCACGUUGGUCAAUGACCAGUAAGUUGAAGGCUCUACCAUGAAAAGAGCACUCAAGACUUGAAAAACUCAUUUAGCAUUUUAAGUGGUCUUAGUCUUAAGUAGUCUUAAGGAAUUACAUUGCAAAUACAAUUUUUCUGAAGACCUGAAAAGAACUUUAGUAGCCUCCUCACGGACGAGCUUGACAAUUCCUUCAGUAGUUUUUAAAGAACAUAUUAUUAAGUAAUGUUACAGACAUACCUCUGUUUCUUGCCACUGACGUUUUGGUGUUCAGCUCUAACUUCCCUAUACUGCUAUAUUUAUGCCUUUUGUAUUGAAAUUAUGUAGUUCAGGAACGUGCUCUUGCAUCCACAGAGAGGUAAAUAUCAGCAAAAAGUUCUGUCUUAGGUGAGAUUCACAGCUGAUGUUAGCUAGGUAAGUAGCAACUUCAGAGACACUUAGAUGUUUUACACCAGCGGAGAUGCUGGCUCUGUAUUCCUGCAUGUGUACCUAUAUAUAUCCUGCAUAUAUUAUACAUUAUUGUCAGUUGAAAUGUUUUCUCCUCCUUACAAAAAAAUUCCUUCUUGACAAAAUUGAAAUUUCAGACUUCAAUCCAAACAGAGCUGAUUGAAGAAAAUGACAUUUUCAUCUUCUAAUGAAAAGUUUAUUUUGACAGUAUCAGAAAAAAAAAACUUUUCAAGGAGAAAACCUUUAUUUUUUAUACAUUUCUCCACUUUUUUUCCAUUAAAAAUGAAAAAAAACCCCACGUAAUAACUUUGCCCUACAGAUUUUCAUAUGCUGUUUUCCAAGUAUUAAUGCUUGGGAAAAAAUACCAAUAAAACUCCUUAAAAUUUACUUUGCCUUUUGUCCUUGUAUUGUAUUUAACCAAACCAAUGGUCUGGGGUAGAACCCUCCUCCCACAAAACACCACAUCCUCAGGAUGACAAUAGUUUGAAAUCAGCACACAACACGAAUGUACUUUGAAGGACGUUGCAAUCUUGAUUUCAAGACAAAAUAAAAUGCAUUUCAGCACUACGUGUAAAUCUAACUUUUUGUACAAAGGAAAGAAUACAAACUAAUGCACAUAACUUCUGAAUACCAGUUUGCAUCACGAAUCAUUUUGUAUAAGCAAUUAAGGAUGGGAAGUUUUCAAAGAUGAACAGAUCCAGGCUAUAUCUGGUACACAAACAAAAUGAUCCUUUAUGAUCGUUUUCCAGCUAAAGAAUCCCUUCCCCAGUGUAAAAAGAUUAUCUACUGAAAAUAAUUGUGUAACAGAAAACGUCUGUGGAGAUUAUAUACUUUUUUAAAACAGUUUAUGUUCAUUUUUUGUAUGGCAAAAUGUGGACAGAAUAACCUUUAUGUAUUUUUGAGUUACAAUAAAAUAUUAUUUUGAAACUGCUCUCUUUAUAAGCCCACU